UGAAAUAUAUCGUCUAUCGAUAGUUGGCGGCAACUUUCUGCUACUUAUAAUUUUUCAAAAUUUCAAAAUUCGUAAGAUAAACAGAUGGCAUGGCAUUGGGCCCGAAAUGGGAGAAAGCCUACGAGCGAUUGGCUCAAGCGCACUACCAUGACCAGCAGCAGGUGGAGAUCCUGCAGCGGCAACUGCAGCGACUUAGGGAAAAGAGGCAUUGCCUGCAGAAGAAUAUUGAGUAUGAGAGUCACAACACCGAAGUGUGGAUGCAGAUAAUGGCCACCAUGCGUCGGGAAGUGGAGCGGGUUCGGAGGCAGCGUGAUCGCCUUUCGCCUAAGAACAAGAAGCUGCUGCAGCAGAUCCUGCGACAGUUUCCAAAGGACAGAUUUGAGGACAGGGUGCGACUUAUGGAAGUUUCCGAAAAAUUAAUGGCCAAGCCGUGUACAGAUGCUUCUGUUGCGAAGGCAAAGAUGGACUUGGAGGCCUCCAACAGAACUGUGCCUUCUCAACAGAAGCCCUGUGAUAUCAAGACCCAACCUAAGGUGGACAAACUGCUGGCCAGGAUUAAUGCCGAUUUGCGAGAACUACAACGGAUCGAUAAGGAGACAAUGGAAACCAUGGCUGACAUACGCAUCCUGAAGUCCACCAUAGAACAUCUGAAAGGCGGCACCAGUGUUAAGAUCACUCCCUAUGUGGUCCGGCGCAGUUUCUUGGAUUUAAAGAAAGCUUAUCCAAGGGAUAUAAAGGCCACCAUCGGCAUAACUCGAAAGAACCGGAAAUACAUUACACGGGAAGAGUUGGACAUCCGGCCUCCAUACAUUCUGGACCAUGUGCCGCAACUGACGCCCGACACCUUUAAAUUUCUGCAGAUGAAUUCCAAGCGCAAACACUGA